AUGAUGUCUCUUGGUUUUGACCUGCUCGAUACACUGAACUGGGAACUUGAUGUUGGGUGUCUUGAUGUUAUGCAGAGGGGAUGUUUCCUGGGAGGGAGUGAUGGAUGGAUGGAGCUGGAUGGUACCAUGCAUCGCCGUCUUUUCUAUCGGAGAAUAUCACUCGGCCUUGGCGCAGCUGAGCUUUACUCAACCUAUUUUCAGUUCAGCUGCCAAGAGAUCUCACCCUCUUCUGGAUUCUUCGCCCGAUCUCUUAGCUAUUCUACCUACCGCGCGUUUCGAGGCCGUCUUUUCUCAAAGCCACAAAAAACCAAUUUGCAACUGCAGCAGCAGCAGUGCAUAUCUCCCUUCUCUCUGCAUGAUAGUCGCUGA